CGCUUGCGUACAAAGCGUCAGCGAGACCGGGUUUGACCGCCCGGGGCGGAGAUAGGAGUUACCGUGUGUGUGGUUCGAGAGUGGGCAACGUCGGGGGUGUGAGAGGGGUCGGGAGUCCUCCCGGCGGAGACCGAGUCGGGUUCAACAGCGGCCAGGGCAAGAGUCGAAGGCCGGGAGCGACAUGUCCUGGGUGCUGCGGUGCGGACAGUGAAGUGCGCGGCGAGCGGAAUGGGUCGGCGCCGGGCGCCAGAGCUGUACCGGGCCCCGUUCCCGCUGUAUGCGGUUCAGGUCGACCCCAGCACCGGGCUGCUCAUCGCUGCGGGCGGAGGAGGCGCCGCCAAGACGGGCAUAAAGAAUGGAGUGCACUUUCUGCAGCUAGAGCAGAUUAACGGGCGCCUGAGUGCCUCCUUACUACACUCCCAUGACACAGAGACACGGGCUACUAUGAACUUGGCCCUGGCUGGUAACAUCCUUGCUGCAGGGCAGGAUGCCAGCUGUCAGCUCCUGCGCUUCCAGAUCCAGCAGCAGAAGGGCAAAAGCAAGGCAGAGAAAACAGGCUCCAAGGAGCAGGGGCCUCGGCAGAGAAAGGGGGCAGCCCCAACAGAGAAGAAAUCUGGAGAUGAAACCCACCAGGAGGGGGCAGAACUGAGAGUAGAGAAUUUGCAGGCGGUGCAGACAGACUUCAGCCCUGAUCCACUGCAGAAAGUUGUGUGCUACAACCAUGAGAAUACCCUGCUUGCCACUGGGGGCACGGAUGGCUGUGUUCGUGUCUGGAAGGUGCCCAGCCUGGAGAAAGUGCUGGAGUUCAAAGCCCACGGAGGGGAGAUUGAGGACCUGGCUUUGGGGCCUGAUGGCAAGUUGGUGACUGUGGGCUGGGACCUCAAGGCCUUCGUGUGGCAGAAGGAUCAGCUGGUGACACAGCUGCACUGGCAAGAGAACGGACCCACCUUCUCUAACACGCCUUACCGCUACCAGGCCUGCAGGUUUGGGCAGGUUCCAGACCAGCCUGCCGGGCUGCGACUCUUCACAGUGCAGAUCCCCCACAAGCGUUUGCGCCAGCCCCCACCCUGCUACCUCACAGCCUGGGACGGCUCUACCUUCCUGCCUCUUCGGACCAAACCCUGUGGCCAUGAAGUCAUCUCCUGCCUUAGUGUCAGUGAUUCGGGUACCUUCCUAGGCCUGGGCACGGUCACUGGAUCUGUGGCCAUCUACAUAGCUUUCUCUCUCCAGCGCCUCUACUAUGUGAAGGAAUCCCAUGGCAUUGUGGUGACGGAUGUGGCUUUUCUACCUGAGAAAGGUCGUGGCCCAGAGCUCCUUGGGUCCCAUGAAACUGCCCUCUUUUCUGUGGCUGUAGAUAGUCGUUGCCAGCUGCAUCUGCUGCCUUCACGACGGAGUGUUCCUGUGUGGCUACUGCUGCUGCUAUGUGUCGGGCUGAUUUUUACGACCAUCCUGCUGCUCCAGAGUGCCUUUCCAGGUUUCCUUUAGCCUCUUGCUCCCAGGGAGUCAGCGGCCUAGACCCAGCCACCUUCUGGACUAAAGUGGAAGCCUGGAUGCCAUUGCUCACUCCACCUCUGCCUGGGUCCACAGCUGAGGUGGUCUCUGAUGGGACUUGACGGAACUGUCUGCCCUGCCCAGUUAAAGCUUGACUGUGGCCCUGCGUGACUCUUGAGUUCUGGGAAGCCUGUGUUCAUCAUCUUUGGAUCCACCCAGGACAGUGGUGUCUGCAGCCCAGGCCACAGCACCUGCCUCCUCUCCUCUGCUCACUGGGGGCUCCUGAGCUUAUCCUUUCUCCAGAAAUAUGUGAAGAUACCCCAGAAUCUGGAGUCAGUGCUGUCCUUCCUGCAGAAGCAAUCUGUUUCUCCUCCUCCCUCACAACCUGGGGCCAAUUGCUCUUCCCAUGAGCCCAUUGCACUUCCUGGGGCAAGCACCGGCCUGGGACUUGGCGUGAGAGAAAGAAGGGGCAAAAGGAAGACCCAGGCAGUAAUCUGUGGGUUGAGCUGAGUAGCUCUAGGCCAGCCAGGCUAAAGAUGCAGUAAGUUCCUAGGUGGUCCACCCUACCCUUGAGAACAGGGAAAGUGAACCUCAGCCCAUUUGACAGGAAAAGCUGAUAUUUAAUAAAAAAGGGAAAACUGAACUGAGA